AUCAAAAAUUUUAGAAAGUCAAACAUUACUGCUGGAAAUCGCUUAUAAAUGUUCAGAAGCCAACUGAAAGUGGACACAAGAAGCAUUUACCAAAACAUACAAAAAAUGCCGAACGGUUCUUCAAAGAGUUAUUGCUUGUUAGGGUUUCCCUUAGGGGUUCUUCUUCUUUUCCUCGUCUUUUCCUCUUUCCCUAUGAAUAAAUCUCCACAUCAACAGUUCUUUUCUUCACUUACUCUGCCCUCUCUUGUUGACCACACGAACGCAUUACAAUCCUCAUCUUCUACUUCUUCUUUAUCAAACUCUCCUCCCGUUUCGAUAAAGAAAAGGAGCAAUCUUGAGAGAAGAGAAGAAGAGUUGAGGAAAGCAAGAGUUGCAAUCAGAAGAGCCGUCAAGUUUAAGAAUUACACGUCCAACGAAGACAUGACUUACAUCCCCACAGGCCAAAUUUACAGAAACUCAUUUGCCUUUCAUCAGAGUCACAUAGAAAUGAUGAAAAGGUUCAAAGUAUGGUCGUACAAAGAAGGAGACCAGCCACUGGUUCAUGAUGGACCGGUGAACGAUAUCUAUGGAAUCGAGGGACAAUUCAUCGACGAGCUCGAAAAUGUGAUGGGCGGCCCAAGCGCCCGGUUUAGGGCUUCCCAACCUGAGGAAGCGCAUGCCUUCUUCUUGCCCUUCUCCGUUGCCAACAUUGUCCACUACGUUUACAAACCUAUCACGUCAUCUGCCGAUUUUAAUAGGGCUCGUCUCCACCGAAUUUUUAAUGACUAUGUAGACGUUGUGGCUCGCAAGUACCCUUUGUGGAACCAAAGCAAUGGUGCUGAUCAUUUUAUGGUUUCCUGCCAUGAUUGGGCUCCUGACGUGCCAGGUAGUAAACCAGAGUUUUUCAAGGACUUUAUAAGAGGACUUUGCAACGCCAACACAUCGGAAGGUUUCAAACCGAACAUCGAUUUCUCUAUACCUGAGAUUAACAUUCCUAAAGGGAAGCUAAAACCACCGUUCAUGGGCCAAAACCCUGAGAAUAGGACGAUCUUGGCUUUCUUCGCAGGAAGAGCUCAUGGAUAUAUAAGGGAAAUCUUGUUCAGUUACUGGAAAGGUAAGGAUAACGACAUUCAAGUGUACGACAACCUCACAAAGGGACAAAACUAUCACGAACUGAUUGGUCAUAGCAAGUUUUGUCUUUGUCCUAGUGGCUACGAAGUGGCUAGCCCAAGAGAAGUGGAAGCUAUCUACUCAGGAUGUGUCCCUGUUGUGAUAUCUGAUAACUACUCGCUUCCUUUCAACGAUGUGCUUGAUUGGAGCAAGUUUUCGGUUGAGAUUCCAGUCAAACAAAUUUCUGAAAUCAAGAAAAUAUUGCAGGAGAUUCCACAUGACAAGUAUUUACAGAUGCAUAAAAAUGUUAUGAAGGUUAGAAGACAUUUUAUGGUGAAUCGUCCGGCUCAACCGUUUGAUGUCUUCCACAUGAUACUUCACUCUGUUUGGUUAAGGAGGCUUAACAUUAAGUUGCCUUCUUGAUUUAAAUCCUUUUCACUAUUUAAAAGCUUUAGCUGCAACAACAAAAAAAACUGUUGUAGAAUUACAUUUCCUUUAAUCCUCUAACCUAUCAGUUAAUUACAAUCUGAACACUAUUUAUACCAUAAUCUACAUAUUUACUAGGUUCUUCUAACUUAUCAGUAGUAUGAGAUUCUCCAAAAUAUACCAAAUCUUGUAACCCCACGUAAACUCAUACAUAAAUGUUGGAAAAGACGACUUUUUCAUACCUCAACACUUCUAAAAGUUCAGUUUAUACCUAAACUGAUAAGUCGGUCUACACAUACCGAAACUUCUUAUUUUGUUAUUACAUACUCAAACUUCAAUUUUUUUUAUUAAUUCCUACAAUGACCAAAACCUCUAGCUUUGUACAUUCUAGUUUGUGAGAAAUAUAUAUUGUACUUUGAUAUACUAUUUUGUGAGAAAAAUAUAUUUUGUCUUUGAAAUGUAAUAUAUUAAUAUUAAUAAGCAUAGUAUUAGCUCGUAUAUGUAUGACUUGACAUGUUUGCAUGUGAUUGUGAACAAGUUCCAUGAAUAAAUACAAUCGAACAUAAAAGUUACAAACAAACAAUUUAUCGCCUCACGGCCCAUUACGUUGAGACGAUUUUGUAUCUUCUAAUCAGUUUACGCCAAGAUAUUAUAGACAUCAACUUAUUCACCAUAACAUGUAGAUCAAUGAACGCAAGUACAAAUCAAUAUUGGUGAAAAUCAUCAUACAGGGAACGCUAUGAAUAUGGCCGGUACGAAUUAUUUCAUAACAUUAUUUAACCACCAGUGUGCUUUUUAAUGAUGAGUUGAUGGGACGGAACAAAGAAAAGAAAACCCAAAACAUGGAAAAGCUCAUAAAGAAUAUUCUUGUAUAAAUUAUAACAUUCAGAACAGACAUAAAAGAGAGGAGAUACACGAGAAAGGAACGAAAUGCAUGGAACAUACACUAAAUCCGAUAAGAAUUUAACACAGUUACUAUAGUUUAUGUAAAACAACUACUCUUCAUACUUUAUCGUUCAACGGUUCAAGAAACCCGAAAUUACAAACAGUUUGGUAUUAUUAGUUUGACUCCUACCAUACUUACGUAAUUAUACUAUUUUAAAAGAAUCAUAACUACUCCUAAACGUCCUUCUUCCAUGAUCAAGUUAAAGUAUAGAUUUUGUUAGCUUUUGUUUUAGAAUGUGGUAGAACUUGUCAACAUUCUUAGCAUUGCAUCAUCCUUUGAAUUAAACUAGUUAAUAUCAGUGUAUUUGGUUCGAGAAAGGAUAAAAGACAAGUGAAAAGAGACGAGAAGGACAAUAGUUUUCAAGACCAAGUAACAAAAAUAUUAUAAUAGUCGUCACGCUAAAUUUCUAACCUCAAAUAACAUAGAAUAUAGCAGGACGUCUUCAAUGCAAGAAUAAUUAUUAUUUUUAGGCUGUAACAAAAGAAGACAAAACAAAAUGGCUGAGAGAAUAAUAAAUACGAACAUUUAUUUGUGUUUUCGUAAGAGAGUACUCAUCAUAUAUUGCCAAUGGAACCUUUGGUUCAAAGAGGUAAAGAGGACGACAACAAUAAAGAUCCAUAAGCAAAAUUAUGAACAAUAAGAGACAAAGCGCUCUGAGUUCGCUACACCUCUAUUUUAGAUUAACCCAACUAUGUGAAUAUUUCAUAUAUAAUCUAAUUAAUAUUUUUAUUGUUAUCUUUAGAAUGCACUAUAAUCCAAUUUUCUAUUUCAUGUUCGUUUGGAUUUGUUUGGAUUUGGCUUCCUUUCUUAAUAUCCCUGUAUAUUAAUUCGGAAACAUUAUAAAAUGUUUUUGUAACGAAAUGUCAUUACUAGAAUGAUUUUCUGAUAUUUUAGAAAAAUUAGUUGGUUUAUAUAAAUAUAUCUUAUGCUUUUUAUUAAAUUAACUAUCAAAUUAAUUAGUAAUGUACAAAAGAAUAUUCUCAACUCUUUUCAUGAAUAAAAACUAUAGAAUUACCUAAUAUGAUUAACAUAUAUAUGACAAUUAAUGAUUAUGAAUAAUACAUACUUGAUAACAAGUUUUUUAUCAUUUCUCUUUUUUUGUUUAAUUUUAUAUUAUUAAAAGAAAUUAAACAAUCACAUUAAC